AAUAAGCCACAUUGUUGCACCAAACUCCAGCGCAGGAGUCCCGGGCCGCCGCUAGCAACGCUGUGUCACCCAGCUAAGAAGAUCUGCCGGCCGGAGCAUCGCGCGUGGGCGCUCCAGAGGUCCGACCGCCCUAGUGGAGCCAGGCUGCGAUUCUUCUCAAGUUGAGCCUUAGUGAUCCCGUGGCUGAAGUUAGCGUCUUGACGUGGGACAACCGGACACGUCGCCGGUAGUGAUACUUAGGAGCCUUCUAGCAGUUGUGACUCCAAAAACCUGUCUCUAGAGAUUCGAGACCCUCUCCAGCCGGGCGCGCCGUCGCCGUUAGCCUUCUUUGUGUGCCGCCCGGACUCUCGGCUCCCGGCCCGGCCGCCAAGCGCGGAUACAAAGCGGUCGCACCGUGCCGCCCGCCUCCCCCGCACACACUCCAGCCUCCGUUUCCCAACUCGGCGCCGUCGGGCCGCGACAAGAUGAUCGCCUCGCAUCUGCUCGCCUACUUCUUCACGGAGCUCAACCAUGACCAAGUGCAGAAGGUUGACCAGUAUCUCUACCACAUGCGUCUCUCUGAUGAGACUCUUCUGGAGAUCUCCAAGCGGUUCCGCAGGGAGAUGGAGAAAGGGCUCGGGGCCACCACCCACCCCACUGCAUCAGUGAAAAUGCUGCCCACCUUUGUGAGGUCUACUCCAGACGGGACAGAACAUGGAGAGUUUCUGGCUCUGGACCUUGGAGGGACCAAUUUCCGUGUGCUUUGGGUGAAAGUGACAGACAAUGGGCUCCAGAAGGUCGAGAUGGAGAACCAGAUCUAUGCCAUCCCUGAGGACAUCAUGCGGGGCAGCGGCACCCAGCUAUUUGACCACAUUGCCGAAUGCCUGGCUAACUUCAUGGAGAAGCUGCAGAUCAAAGAGAAGAAGCUCCCGUUGGGUUUCACCUUCUCGUUCCCCUGCCACCAGACGAAACUAGACGAGAGUUUCCUGGUCUCCUGGACAAAGGGGUUCAAGUCCAGUGGAGUGGAAGGCAGAGACGUCGUGGCUCUGAUCCGCAAGGCCAUUCAGCGGAGAGGGGACUUUGAUAUUGACAUCGUGGCCGUGGUGAACGACACUGUUGGGACCAUGAUGACCUGUGGUUAUGAUGACCACAACUGUGAAAUUGGUCUCAUUGUGGGCACAGGCAGCAACGCCUGCUACAUGGAGGAGAUGCGCCACAUCGACAUGGUGGAGGGUGACGAGGGGCGCAUGUGCAUCAACAUGGAGUGGGGGGCCUUUGGGGACGACGGCGCGCUCAACGACAUCCGCACCGAGUUUGACCGGGAGAUCGACAUGGGCUCGCUGAACCCUGGGAAGCAGCUGUUUGAGAAGAUGAUCAGUGGGAUGUACAUGGGGGAGCUGGUGCGGCUCAUCCUGGUGAAGAUGGCCAGGGAGGAGCUGCUCUUCGGCGGGAAGCUCAGCCCGGAACUCCUCACCACGGGCCGCUUCGAGACCAAGGACAUUUCAGAUAUCGAAGGGGAGAAAGAUGGCAUCCGGAAGGCCCGUGAGGUCCUGGUGCGGCUGGGCCUGGACCCGACGCAGGAGGACUGCGUGGCCACUCACCGCAUCUGCCAGAUCGUGUCCACGCGCUCAGCCAGCCUGUGCGCGGCCACCCUGGCCGCCGUGCUGCGGCGCAUCAAGGAGAACAAGAGCGAGGAUCGGCUGCGCUCCACCAUCGGGGUCGACGGCUCCGUCUACAAGAAGCACCCCCAUUUUGCCAAGCGUCUUCACAAGGCUGUGCGGCGGCUGGUGCCUGACUGCGAUGUCCGCUUCCUCCGCUCCGAGGAUGGCAGCGGCAAGGGUGCAGCCAUGGUGACAGCAGUGGCUUACCGGUUAGCCGACCAGCACCGAGCCCGCCAAAAGACCCUAGAGCCUCUGAAGCUGAGCCGUGAGCAGCUCCUGGAGGUCAAGAGGAGGAUGAAGCUAGAAAUGGAGCGAGGUCUGAGCAAAGAGACGCACGCCAUUGCCCCUGUCAAGAUGCUGCCCACCUAUGUGUGUGCCACCCCUGAUGGCACAGAGAAAGGGGACUUCCUGGCCUUGGACCUUGGAGGAACCAAUUUCCGGGUCCUGCUGGUGCGCGUGCGGAACGGGAAGUGGGGUGGAGUGGAGAUGCACAACAAGAUCUACUCCAUCCCGCAGGAGGUCAUGCAUGGCACUGGGGACGAGCUGUUCGACCACAUCGUCCAGUGCAUCGCCGACUUCCUUGAGUACAUGGGCAUGAAGGGUGUGUCCCUGCCGCUGGGUUUCACCUUCUCCUUCCCUUGCCAGCAGAACAGCCUGGACGAGAGUAUCCUCCUCAAGUGGACAAAAGGCUUCAAGGCAUCUGGCUGCGAGGGCGAGGACGUGGUCACCCUGCUGAAGGAAGCCAUCCACCGGCGAGAGGAGUUUGACCUGGAUGUGGUUGCUGUGGUGAAUGACACGGUCGGGACCAUGAUGACCUGUGGCUACGAAGACCCUCACUGUGAAGUGGGCCUCAUCGUUGGCACGGGCAGCAACGCCUGCUACAUGGAGGAGAUGCGCAACGUGGAGCUGGUGGAAGGAGAGGAGGGGCGGAUGUGCGUCAACAUGGAGUGGGGGGCCUUCGGGGACAACGGCUGCCUCGACGACUUCCGCACGGAAUUUGAUGUGGCCGUGGACGAACUUUCCCUCAACCCCAGCAAGCAGAGGUUCGAGAAGAUGAUCAGUGGAAUGUAUCUGGGCGAGAUUGUCCGGAACAUCCUAAUAGACUUCACCAAACGUGGGCUCCUCUUCCGAGGUCGCAUCUCAGAGCGGCUCAAGACAAGGGGAAUCUUUGAAACCAAGUUCCUGUCUCAGAUCGAGAGCGACUGCCUGGCCCUGCUGCAGGUCCGAGCCAUCCUGCAGCACCUGGGCCUUGAGAGCACCUGCGACGACAGUAUCAUCGUCAAGGAGGUGUGCACCGUGGUGGCGCGGCGGGCAGCCCAGCUCUGUGGCGCAGGCAUGGCUGCCGUGGUGGACAAGAUACGAGAAAACCGUGGGCUGGACACUCUCAAAGUGACAGUGGGUGUGGAUGGGACCCUCUACAAGCUCCAUCCUCAUUUUGCUAAAGUCAUGCACGAGACAGUGAAGGACCUGGCUCCGAAAUGUGAUGUGUCCUUCCUGGAGUCAGAGGAUGGCAGUGGGAAGGGGGCAGCUCUCAUCACUGCCGUGGCCUGCCGCAUCCGUGAUGCUGGACAGCGAUAGAACCUCUGAAAUCGGAAGGGACUUCCUCUGGCUCCCCCUCCUUCCUGUUUUAAAUUACAAGGUGUCAUCCCCUUGUGUCAGAGACAGAUCCCUUGGCUUUUCCUUGGCAGAGAGGACCCCAUCAGGCUGGGUUUUUUUCCUCUGCCUAUACUCACUGUAGAAUUUGGUGCCUGAACCUUGGCUUUCCAAGAUAAACACAGUUUGAAGUAAGGAUUUGUUCACAAUGGUCACAACCAUUCCCAUUGUUUCUCUUAAAACUUAAGAAUGUUAACCCUUAAUAAUUAAUUCCCCUGUCCAAAUUCCAUGUCCCUGUAUAAUUCUACAGGAUGGGGACAUUAAUGAAGAUACGGUUGCUUCACUUUGGAGCCUGAACAUGACAUUUCUAGGCGUCGAGCAUCCUCCAGCACAGAUGUUGACACUGAUUCUCCCAUCAGAGAUCUGGGAGGUCUCUACAACACGAGCCUCAUUCUCCUGCAGACAGAUUGUGGGGGUGUGCAUGGAGGGGACCAUGGAUAUCCAUGUGGCAGCCCCUCUUCAAUCUCAUCUACCAGCAUUUGCCCUGUGGAUUCUAGCAUCGCUGUUUCUGGAAUCAAGGAAUCCUGCAUCUGGGCACUGAAACCAAAGCCAAGAGUCGGCACAUCCUGCAAGUGGGCUCGUGGCCGCAUCUCACUGUGGAUGCACGAAUCAUCCAUGAGCAAUGGACCUUUGGGAGAGGGGGAGCUUUUUGAUUUGUUUUUAAAAUUUUCCCUGCAAAAGCAGAAACACUGUAUUUUCAUUUUAAUUUAUAUUUGAAAUUUAUUUAGUUUAUGAAGUAGGUCUGCUCCUUUAUCUUGACAUGUAAUGGUCAGUUGUACGUAAUGUAUUUAUAUGUUAAUUUGUUAUGUAAAUAGAUAUGCAGAUCUUGUCUGAAUUGGCCUCAUUAGUACAUCAGUGUAGUUUAAGGGUGGAAGGUGAAGAUACUGACUAGUUACUAGAAAUACCUCAUUCACCUGUGGGAAGAGAAGAGAAGCCUCUUCAGGGUGAGUGAUGGCAAAGUGGUUGCUUUCUGGCUCCUCCUUCCUCAGUCUUGGAAACGUGAGGAAGGCAGGGACAGAGACAGAGGCUGGGCCUAUGGGCUGAAGAAACCACAGUGACUGGCUGCUCUGUCUAGAGACUUUCCUGGGGCAAUAUUACAUGGGAUGUUAACCAAAGGAAACCAAAAGAAUCAUUUCAAAUAGACUCAUUGCUUAGAAAUCUUUAUUCUUAGGGCAGUCAGUAGUAUUUUAAAGCUUUGUUACAACAUAAAGGAAACCACCAAAAAAAAUUUUUUAAAGUUUUUUCUAAACAUUGACAACAAACCAAAACAGAGUAAGUAAACAACCAAACAAAAAAAACCUCAGGGAUGACGUGUUUGGUGUAUUUGUGCCCUCCUAGCAAGUUUCACAUUGGGUUUGUUUUGUAAAUGCUUUAUAAGAAUUGUUGUCUAUGCGCUUCCCUAGGCUGAGCUGGCAUUGGUCUGCUGACCUGUUUUUGUGGUUUUUAUACACAGUAUUUAUUUUAAACUAUUGGGAGGGGUGGGAGUGGUGUAAAACUUUCCUACCCUACUUUUCAAGAGUGCAGUUAAUUCUGAAUCUGAAAGCCCAGUUCUGCCCUGGAAUACGCACAACCAUAGACAUUAAACUUGGAUACUAUGUGGUAAAGAGGAAAUGGCCUUGUAACACUAGUAAAUUAGAUACAAGGAUCAAAACAGAAAGAUGGAAAAAAAACUCAUGACUGAAUUGCACCCAGUUUUUGCACAUUUAUCAAACUUGUGCUGAGAACAGUGUCUAUGUGAUUUUUGAACAAGAUUAGGUAUAAAUAGGUGAAAACUGCCCAGAUCCCUUGAGAAGCACAGAGGGCAGAGGGGCUGGUCCUUCUUGUUUGUUCCAGUCUCCCUUUGCAGUCUGGUGUAGCUCCUCUGCCUCUCCCACGUGCACUAAUUGAUGCAAACUGUGGGUGACUCCUGGGGGCUUUCAUGUAGAUUUGUGGAUCCCUAAAGGACUCCCACAAAAUAGGGAUGGAUUUUAACUUAAAUUUUAAACUUGAAGAUUAGGUACUAUCUAUGAAAUUACACAUUUUGUUUUUAAAGGUAGAGAUGUAUGGGUAGCUACUAAAGAUGUGUUGUUGGUUUCCAAAAAGGAGCACUGGAAAAUGCAUUUCGAAUGUUUGUGUUCCCAGAAUUAGGCUGGCAGUCCCUUGAUGACGCUGCUUUGCUUGGUGUAAAUACAGUGGAUCUCAACCUUUGGGGUGUGCUGAAUAGCAGAUCAUCUCAAAUCCUUGAGCACUCAGUCUAGUGAAGAUGUUGUCAUUAUGUACAAUAAAUACCUAGUUUAAUUAACUAUGUGAUGUUAACUAUUAUUAAUAAAUUUUAACAUUUUCCAAAAUA